GUUGGUGUCGUGUGUGCUUGUAUUUGAUAAUUUUGCAGUUUGCAAGUUACCGGCGCGUGUGGUGAUAAACGAAAUACCAGAAAAGUACAUUUAUUUUCUGCAUUAAAAAGCGUUUGUGGCGGUACAGCUAUUUAGUUCAAUUUCAUCAAUAGAAGAGCAAGGAUUACAAAAUGACCGUAGACGAAGGCGUUGAUAUUUCUAAAACUGGGGAUCGUGGUGUGUUGAAACGCAUCAUCAAAGAGGGCGAAGGCACCGAUACUCCCAAUACCGGAUGCCAGGUCUCCGUUCAUUACACGGGCACGCUACUGGAUGGGACCAAAUUUGACUCCAGCCGCGACAGAAACGAGCCUUUCGAAUUUAGUUUGGGAAAGGGGUCUGUGAUCAAAGCAUGGGAUGUUGGAGUGGCUACGAUGAAGAAGGGCGAGGUUUGUGUGCUGACUUGCGCUCCGGAGUAUGCUUAUGGUGCUGCAGGCAGCCCCCCUAAGAUUCCGCCCAAUGCCACCCUGCAGUUUGAGAUCGAAAUGAUUGACUGGAAAGUAGAAGACCUUAGCCCCAACAAGAACAAAGGUAUACUCCGGCACAUCAUCGAACAAGGCUCUGGAUUCGAAAGUCCCAACGAUGGAGCUCUUGUAACAGUUGAUCUCGAGGGUAGACUGGUAGCGGACGGCAAAGUUUUCGACACUAGAACGGUCACUUUCAACCUAGGCGAAGGGAUAGACAGCAACAUUUGCGAAGGCAUAGAGCGAGCACUGGAGAAAUUCCUGAAAGACGAAAAGUCGCGAAUAACCAUCCAACCGAAAUACGCGUUCAAAUCUGAAGGAAAUGCGGCUUUAGGUGUCCCACCUAAUUCUGCCGUCGAGUACGUAGUCACACUGAAGAGUUUCGAGAAGGCGAAAGAGUCGUGGACAAUGGACGGCUCGGACAAGCUGGAACAGGCUAAGAUGUUCAAGGAGAAGGGCACCAAUUACUUUAAAGCUAGCAAAUUCCAAUUGGCGAUUAAAAUGUACAAAAGGGUGAUCACAUUGGUCGACGAUAUGCCUGAAGACAAUAGCGAAACCGAGGAAAAUAAGGAGCAAGCUAAAGAACUGCUAAUAUCUGCCCAUUUGAACUUAGCUCUAGUGUACCUGAAAGUGACUCCGGUCCAUCACUUCGAAGCCAAAGAUCACUCUACGAAAGCCCUCAAAUUCGACCCGAAUAACGUAAAGGGCCUGUUUAGAAGAGGACAAGCGCUCCUAGGUCUCGGAGAUGCUGAAAUGGCGAUGAAGGACUUCGAAAAGGUGGCCGAGGCUGAGCCACAAAAUAAGGCCGCUGCCAACCAGAUCCUGGUGUGCAAAUCGACUAUCCAGAAGCAGAAGCAGAAAGAGAAGCAGCUGUACGCGAACAUGUUCGACAAGUUUGCCAAGCACGACUCGGAGUUGGAGAAGAUAAGAGCUAAAGAAGUGGUAGACGUUAUAGGCGAGAAGGUGGGAGAAUGGGGGGCGGGUGAAGGCGAGUGGACUGACGAACAGAGAGACAGAAAACCAACGGAAUUCGAGAGGGAGAACCCCAACAUACUGAUGCUGGACAAGGAAGGACAAUUCAAGAACAUGUGAGCGACAUAAGGAUGCAAAUAACAAGUGACAGAGGCCUACUUUGAACCGAGCGAUUGGAGGUUAUGGCAAGGUUUUUUCAUGUUACUGUUUAAAGUUCAAAGUUACAUAUUUGUAAAUUAAGUCGUUCAACUCUGAGUAGUUCACACUUGAGCCAUGAGACGGAGUUAAUGUUUGUAAAUAGCUCUCUUUAUUAGUUAUUUUAUUGUGAUAUCAUAUUUUAAUCACUUUUGUGAAUUAAUAAUAAACGUGCAAUAUGAAUAAAUAAUGAACUUGGUGAACUGCAUACGUAUUCUUAAGAAAGAUGGGCACACGCCGAUAAGUCCUCUUUCUUUGUAUACAUAAAAGACGUCAUUUAAAUUUAAUGACGCAAAUUGGUUAAGUUCUAUGGGUGAUUUGUUUAUGAGCAAUUCUUUCCGUAAGUUGGCUUGAGUCAAUGAGGGCUAUCGCGUAUGAAGCCGCCGCUAGAGGCGCUAGUGU